UGUUGCCCCCCACCCCCCCCAGGUCCUGCCCCGCAGGCGUCCCGCACCAUGGCUCUGUCUUGGAGGAGCUGGCUGGCCAAUGAGGGGAGCAAACACCUCUUUCUGUUUUUCUGGCUCUCCCUCAAUGCAUGGUUCUUCUGGAAGACCUUCCUGCUCUAUUAUCAAGGGCUGCAGUAUUAUUAUUUACAUCAGAUGUUAGGGGAUUGUGUGUUAGCAGAGCUUCGGCGUCUGUCCUCAAUCUCAACUGCUGCCUGGUCCUUCUACCAAUGUGUCGUGUUCUCUUGGCCUUCCUGCGAGGAUCUCAGAAGGUUGCCAGCAGGAAAACCAGAAGGCUGCUAGAUAAAAGUAAAACUUUCCAUGUGACAUGCGGUGUUACAAUAUGCAUCUUUUCAGUCUUACAUGUUGCUGCUCAUCUGGUGAACGCUCUUAACUUCUCUGAGAACUACAAUGAAGACUUUCUGUCACUAAAUGCAGCGAACUAUCGCGGUGAGGACCCAAGGAAACUGCUUUUUGCUACUGUUCCAGGUCUGACUGGAGUCAUUAUGGUGUUAGUAUUAUUCCUAAUGUGUACAGCUUCUACAUAUGCCAUCAGGGUUUCAAACUAUGACAUCUUCUGGUAUACACACAACCUUUUCUUUGUCUUCUAUAUGCUGCUGAUACUGCAUGUUUCUGGGGGAGUGCUCAAGUACCAGACCAACUUAGAGGAACACCCUCCUGGUUGCUUUAAUCCUAACAAAACGCUCCGAGAGAAUAUGACGGUGCCAAAGGCUUUUGAAGAGACGUUUCCUGACUAUACUACUGAGCCUUUCCCAGAGGACUUAUCAAUACCAGAACCCUUUGUACAAAAUAACUUUAUGAGAAUUUGUUCCGAGGAACCCAAGUUCCAGUCACACUUCCCAGAGACCUGGUUUUGGAUUUCUGGACCUCUGUGCUUGUACUGUGUGGAAAGGCUGUACCGCUACAUCCGCAGCAAUAAACCGGUCACAGUGACUUCGGUGAUAAGCCAUCCCUCCAAUGUCCUUGAAGUAAGGAUGGUGAAAGAUGACUUUAAAGCAAGGCCUGGUCAGUAUGUUAUUCUACACUGUCCAAGAGUGUCCGCACUGGAAAGCCAUCCAUUCACCCUUACAAUGUGCCCUACAGAUACCAAAGCAACGUUUGGGGUCCACCUUAAAGUAGUAGGAGACUGGACAGAAAGAUUUCGGGAUUUACUGCUUCUACAUUCAAAUCAAGAUACAGAGAUUCUGCCCAUCUUUCAGCAGAGGCGCUAUCCCAAACUGUAUGUGGAUGGACCUUUUGGAAGUCCCUUUGAGGAAUCCCUGAACUACGAGGUCAGCCUCUGUGUGGCUGGAGGUAUUGGAGUUACACCAUUUGCAUCAAUACUCAACACACUGCUUGACGGCUGGAAAUGCUACAAGCUCAGAAGACUCUACUUCAUUUGGGUGUGCAGGGACAUUGAAUCUUUCCGCUGGUUUGCAGAUCUGCUCUGUACGUUGCAUAACAAGCUUUGGCAGGAGAAUCGACCAGACUAUAUAAAUAUCCAGCUGUACCUCAGUCAAACAGAUGGAAUACAGAAAAUAAUUGGUGAAAAAUAUCAGGCUUUAAACUCAAGGCUUUUGAUUGGACGACCCCAGUGGAAACUUCUUUUUGAUGAAAUAGCGAAGUGUAACCGGCGGAAGACCAUUGGAGUUUUCUGUUGUGGACCAAACAAAAUCUCUAAGAUACUUCAUAAACUGAGCAACAGCAGCAACUCUUAUGGGACAAGGUUUGAGUAUAAUAAAGAAUCCUUCAGCUGAAAGUCUGUUGGACUAGCAAGACUCUCUAGAAGAUGAAAGUGCAAUUUUUUGUUUGUACAACUUAAAAGUUCAUCUGUGGUUUAAACAGACAGAAAUGUACCAAAGAAUAGCACAGAUUUUCUUAUUUAUGAUUAUUUAAGACUUUGGAAAAUGAUGGAUGCAGCAGUAUACCAACAAAUAAUAAGUGCUUAUGCUCAAAGCCAAAUGCGCUCACACAAUAUUUGUGUCAGCGAUGAUUCUUUGGAGUUGCUUCUGUUAAUUAAAAAGCACAGAAGCUGGGGAGAGACACAGUUGCUUUAAAAGCUGGUGAAAGAAGAAUCUGUGGAAUGUUUAAACUUCUUCCACUUCAGUCCUCUGAAGCUGGAUCAGUAAAUCAAACCCCAGAUUAAUCCAAAUGACAAAAUACUGUGUAUUACAAAGACCUAUUACUUUUGUUGGUAUACAAAUCUCAUGGCUUUAGGGUGGAAACACUCCAUAUUAAAGAUUUUAUACAUUGCAGAAUUGGGAUUCUGUAUUUAAAAUGUAGAGUGUUACUCUUGCUAGUCUACUUCUGUAACGGAUGUGAAUAUUCCCACCCUGAAUGGAAGAGAGGGUGGAGGAUGAGGAAAGAUGUAAGUUAACCUAUGGAAAAGUGAGCACAACUGUGUAGUACCUGUGGGCAGACUCCGCCGUGAUGUAAAUCACAGCCUUCUGGCAAGCAAACACCUGCAUGUGGAGAACUCUCUAUCUUGCAUCGAUUCAGUGUUCAGUAAGUUUGCAAAAUAAGUGUGAUUUAUUCAGCCAGAAAGAUGGACCAAGAAAAGCGAUUAACAGGAGCAGACAGGAUAUGGUGUUUUAUUAUACCACACACUCAACUUGGAAGUUGCACUCAUUCUGCACUCACAUGCCUUGAAUGUCAAAUACUUCAAGCUUUCAGAUGCUUUUACUGAUUAUUUUGCAACGCAGCAGGUUGAAAUCCAAUUUUAGAGGUUCCAGAGUAUGUUUGGUUGACUCUGAUCUGUUGAGUACUUUCCCUGGAGUCACACUUGAUUGCACUGAUGUCACUAAAAGCAGGAUCAGGCCAGGUCUACAGCAGAGUAAGAACAACUCCCUCAUUACUGUGACUCUUUGCAUCAUGUGUGCAGGUUGAAACCUUGCAGGAGCUGCAGUGUGGUUUCAGUACGUUCCAAAGGGGAGGAUCUGAAACAUCCAAAUUGAAGCUCUCCUUCCCUUCUUGUCUCCACAGCCAUUUUCCAGUCUGCUCAUAGUUGCCAUGGCAGGGCUAGAGGUUGAAACAGGCACUUUAAAACUUUUGGGUUCUGAGGAGCAACUAUUUUUUUUCCUCCAUCCGAUAGCCAAUCCAACUCCUUUUAUUUCUUCUUUACCCCCUUUACCUCAUUUUGCUGAGCAGAGGACGUUUAAGCAGGAGUCAGACACUUAGCUGGCAUAGGUAGGCAUCCUUCUAGUGCAUCUUAAUAGAGCAGCAUCACUUUCCACUUGCUGAAAACUUGGCCCUUAAUCUCCAGCAGAAGCUUGGGAGCAAUGCCCUGUAGUGUUUGCAGCACACGCAGACGUAAGAUGGCUCAGCAUCUCUUGUGCCUGUGGUUCACCAGUAUUUAGGACAGUGCAUUUGAUUUGGUUUCCAUCUUUCCAAUGAAGACCUUUGUUAUUUUAGUAGGAAAGCCACUACUUUUCAGCUUGCAACACAAACUCUGUACAGGGCUUUACAAGUAUCGGUGUUCAGAGGGAAGCAUUUUUCUAGCAGGUGGUGAUAGGCAUGUUGUAUGUGUAAGUUUGGUCUUUGCCUGGGCAGCUUCUCCACAGGAGUUGUCCUCAGUGGAGUAGGAGGGUGGAGGUGCAGCAGUGAAGCCUCAUGGGGACGUGUUCCUCAGCGUCUGGACUUUGCACUGAAGUUCUUGCCUCAGGCUCUGCCCAAUUUGAAAUUUAGGGGGGAAAGGAAAGAGCAAGAGGUGGACUUAAUCCUACUGAUGAGAAUUCUCAAAGUAGCCUAGAGAGCAGCCAGGGUAGCCAUUAUUUUCCCAUUGCAUCUAUUUCAUCCGUCACUGUAAAACCAGAGGUAUGCAGAAAAGGAUUAGAUCCUUUUUAAUCAUUAAGAUUAAUUUCUAAUGCUGCCUGCAUGAGUUUUAUAAUAAACAUAAUAGUGAUGGCAAAAUGCAUAGAUAUCAGAUAUUGCCGAUACUGCAGGCUUUUUUGUUUGCUGGCAGUUAGCUUAAAGCAUGAGUGAAAUCAUGAUUGCAUCUAUUAUCCACAACCAGACAGUGAUCUUUUUCCUCUUGUUUUAGGAUCUAGUAUCUAAUGGUUUUUAAAUACAGUUUAGAGUCAUCUACUCACGAUGUUGUUUGUGGUUUCAUAUCUCCUCUCUGAUAGAUACUGGUUCCAUUACUGUAUAAUGAGCAGCUAGUUUUGUAGUUAGCUCUGUGCUAAAACUGAUUACAUUUUCUGGCUCGGCUCUUAUAUAGGUAGCACUUUGUAAUUAAAAUAGUAAUGCUAGUACUGUGCUCUUGUUCUGCAUUGUAGCGGGAGCUGACGCUGGGUGUAGGCACGUUAAAUGCCUGUUGUUACAUUAGGCAGCGCUGUCGGAGCACGGCGCAGGCAAAGCCAGGUCUCCUCUUUCUGCCUUUGUCCUGUGCCACCCUCAGCUGACCCACUUGUACAACAAGCUUGGGACUGUCUGCCUUGCUGGAGUAUUGUGAGGCUUAAUUAAUGUUUCGGGAUCACUUCAGUGCACCUGCAGUGAAAAGGUCUGUGUAAUUGCUAUGCAACUGUAUUUAUGUUUUAUUUUGUGUAAACCUCUCUGUUGCUGAUACGAGUAAUUGCUAGACCAGGUGAGGGUGAGUUUGGGGAAAGGCUAAAAGCUUCAGUUGCUUUUUUCCAUUUCCUUGAGCUAUGCUUUUGAGAGGGGCAAAUAGUUUAAAGGUUAGUGACUGUGACUUGACUUCAGGAGUGGCAAACGCUAUUGAUAAACACGGUCUUUCUAUGGGCUGCGUUGACCUUGCUGCUUCUGAGUGUGCAACUCCAGCUUGCAAAACUGAGCCGAGCCCUGUUUUAAACUCCAUAGCUUUUUUAUCUGUAAGCCAAGCGUAUGAAAAUAUAACUCUCUGCCAGGCAAGUAAGUGAAGACUGACAGCACUGAAUUCUGCGUUUACAGAUCAACCGGAUUUACGUAACUGAAUGUCUCUUUCUGCUUUAAACUGAGUCCUGUAAGUGAGUCUGCUGGCAGGGGAAGGAUCCCACCAUGUAUGCUGCCACUUCUCGCUCGGUCUGUCACAAAACUGCAGACCCCUCAGUGUUUGCUCAGCGGGAUCUUUGUGUUUUACUCAUCAUAAAUGUUUCAGGACUUUUCUUUAAAACAGAAGGGUUUUCAUGACGUGAUGGAAACCAAGCCCUUUCUCUGCAACAGGAGUCCAACCCUCUCGUACAGCAGUGUGAGACUCCGGGUUUUACACAGCUAACAGCUGGACUAACCAGAUUUAUCCGAGUAAUUCUAUGCCUGUAGCACUGAGACUGCUUGUGUGAGUAAAUGUUCACUGCUGUAGCAAAGGGCUGAAGAGGUGAGCCCUGCUGGAGCGUGGGAAGGCCCGAUGAGGACUGACCUCCGCUGAAGCCCGCAGGACAGCCCGUCCAUCCAUGAUGAUUAUUCCAGCCCUGAGUCUGGAGCAACACUUCCCUGUUUCAGCAUAUGGUACUAAUAGCAUGUGAGUUCUUCCUUGGUCUUUUGUCUGCUUUUCUAGGGGACAGGACUGAAAGGAGUAUGAGAGAUCACAACAUACAACCUUGAACCUGGGCUGAGGAGAGGACACCAGUGGGUACCACAGACACCUAGCCAAUGACUGCACUGCUUCAGGGAGAGAGGUUAAUCCAAAUCCAUUUUUCUGCAAAAUGCUGAUUGUUUUGCCACAACAGACUAGAGAACAAUUGCUGUAAAGCGAAAAGAGAUAAACCCUCUCUCUGAAGACUCCUGCCCACGCAAGCCUGAUGUAAGGAUGUGUAUGAAAGCACUGCGCACAUUCAGCUUCUACUAGCACCGUGGUGCACACGCACUGCAUCCCGAUCACGAGCUUACUCCCUCAGCACUGAAAUCGUUUUCCUUGGUUGCAGAUCUUCACCUGUCUUGUUAGCAAGAUGUGCUUUGCAGGUGAGAGAAAUACUACGUAUGCUUGCAGAGAGUCUGACACAAGCACAGAGCAACCUGUGAGCCUGCCAACGGUGCAAGCAAGAGCAGAGUCAUCCCUUUGCUCCUGAUGCCUCUAGCACAUAGGUGAGAAAGUGAUUUGGAGCCGCCUGAGAAGGGGCAGAUAAUAUGAGUGGCAGACCAGCCACGUUGGCAACAGUAAUUCAGCUGUAACAGCCUAACAGAGCAGAGAAGUAAUGGUUUUGUAAGAAAUAUGCUUUUAGAACAGCUGCCUAAGAGAAAAGCCUCUACUCAAGACUAACGCACCAGGUUACAGUUUCAAACUACAAGACGUUGCUUAGAGAAGCGGGCAGGAGGCUAAAGCAUCAUUGCCUAUAGUAGUUCAAGCCCUGUAAGUCAGAGAAGAGACAUUGUUAUUAAAAUGCAAUGUUUACUCGUUUAAAAAAAUAAAAGGGCUUCUAAGGAGAUUAAUUUUCACUUCAGCCUGGCAAUCAUUUCAUGGACAUGCCAAUGUGAUUUAAGACAAGCUGGAUCUGAUCUUCUCUGGAUUAUGCAUCUGAUUUGUUUGCAGAUUUCCCACCCCUCACAAACAAAACCAGGUUUUAUUGUUUUAAACAAAGAGGAUUUAACAGCAAGGUUUAAUCAAAUUACCACUCGUGCCUGUGCUGAACUGAGCUUUUCUGCAAUGAAGGUACAUUUUUCAGAUAUAUAGAAUACAGCUGAGGUGAUUGGGGUUUGUGUUGUCUCUGCUGCUGGUGUAUUACAUGAAGGUCACUAUAGUAAUGCACUGGUGAAAUGCAUGGAGCUGAAAUGAGACUCUACACUCCCAUAAAGAGCCUGAUAUUUUAGUGCCUGUACUAAGCAUAGUAAAUCUCAGAAACUCUGGAAUUUCCUUUGUAGGUACAGUAGAUUAAUUAGCCAGCAUCUGUUAGGGUUGAACCCUGAGUCCUCUGCUGGACUGUAUAACGCAUGCUCAUACACAAAUGUUUUGAGCAACAAGUGCUGCUCCUUAAAGGGCUGAAUGAGUAUUUGUGCAGGUUUAGUAUCCUGCUAGUUGUAUCACCCACGUUGUAAGAGGGAUAGGAUCAGUUUUCAUACCGUUGAAUGCAGUGCACUUCCUCUGAGAGUAUGAAUAUCUCCAAACUUGCAGUGGAUGCUCAAGGUUUGCCAUGCCUGAAGUGUUAUAUUUUCUAGAAGGAUCAUAUUUGUAAGAAAGACAGCUGCUGGAGGUCUACUAACAGCAGUGGAUCUGUCCCAUUAUUACAGGGACAUGGAGAGAAAGCUGGAGAAAGCCACCCAUCCCAAUUGUAGAUUGCCUCUUAACAGAACUCUUGGAUUUCUGAGGAUGUCAGACCUUGCAAAGAAUAUGUACGUGCUGUCUCUUGUUCUUCCUGACAAAGUCUGUCCAUCUCACAGUCCAAAAUCUGCACUUUUUUCCUAAUGCUCUGUACUGUUAAACCAGGAGGGGGAAGCCAUGAGUAGCUCCUGAAGCUUCAGGUAAACUGCUGUCAAUUAAGCAGCAAACCAAGGAGGGCAGGAGAGCAUGAUGAACGUCAGCAAUGAACAGGAUGAAAUAUUUCAAAUCUCAGAGCAGAGGGGAAGGAGUGAAACAUUUUUCCUGGCUCCUCAACUCUAGAAAUUACAAGCAAGCCCCAUUGUCUGGAUGUGGAUACAGUCUCCCUGGGGUUUCAGACCUAAUAUAUGCAAAACCAUUGCCUUUCUUUGCACAACUUGGUGCUAAAGCACAGAAUAAAACUAGUAUAUUUUAGUAAACACCUCGGAAAUAAGCAAUUCAUUUGAAAUAAAUCCACCACUGACUCUUUUGAGUUAACCUGUUUCAAAAAAUAUCUGGUUUGCAUCUUUGGGGUUGGGAAUGGCUUUACCUGUUAACUCCUUUUUACCAAAACACUGGCGAGUGCAGUUCUUUGUGCUCACUCUAAGUAGCUUUGACAGUUGACUAAAUAAAUUCUGUGUUCGUUGCUGCUGACCCUAGGUAAGGACAGCCUUGAGGAUGAGAAGCGGUGUUACAUAAAUGUCUAGUGUACAUAGCAACACUGAGAAGAGAGACACUACUGCAUUGCUUCUGGUGCACCAGUCACACAUUAAAAUUCUGUCAUUGCAAGGUCACGUUGCUCAUCUCAUACUCUGCAACCCUGGGGAAGAAAUUUGGAUGAGAGGUGGGGGAGGAAAAGCGAAAACUUCCUCCUUGUGCUGUAACCAAGAAUAUAUUCAUCGACAGCAGGGCAUUUCUUUUGCUUUCAAAAGAGCAUGUCAUUUCUUUUUCAGGGAUAACAGAUAAUCUCCUGGUGCUAUGUAGUGGUGUUUGCAUGUUAGAAAUGUAACACAGUGAUAACGGGUGGCUUUUGAAUUGAAUAAAUAACGCCUCUGAGCCUCUUCUUCUCCGUUUAGUAAUCUGAGAGAAAUGCAAAAUACCAGAGAGCAUAUAGAGUGGACUGUGUCCUGAGCUGCACUCAGUGCAGCCUGGUUAGGAAUGCUGCACAGAAACUCUGCAAGCUGCUGGGGAGAGGCAAGGUUUAAGGCAAAGAGGAAAACAACGGUUUUAAGGAGAAACACAGCAGUGAUACAUGACCUGUAGUCAGAAGGAGGCCAUGUCACAACGCUGGCCUUCACGUCUUUGAACGGUGCUGAGUAAGAGCCUAUCCUAAAGGUACACUUUGGCAUCAGGGAAAAUCAGGAGCUCUUGGAUUGAGUCUGCGAUGUGAGAUGAAAGCAGGUUUCGAUGCAGCCGGGUGAGCCACUUGUGCGCACUUUCCAGCUUGGAGCUCAGACCUGUCAUAUCUGAGGGUGAAUGGUGUAGAUCAGCUGGUCUGACUCUUGAGUGCAGUCUCAGUUGUGUGGUUAGCUGAGGGUAUGGACAUCUUUGUAUUUCUGUAGCUUUGUAGAAGCACGUUGUUCAGGGACUGGGGAGCAGGGUGUGUUACUGUACCUCAUUAGGUGUUAGAUGCUUGGAAGCAUGUACUGUCCAGAGCAGAUGAGGAUGGUGAAUGCCAGCUUCCACUGACAACUGAAUAUAUCCUGCCUAUAUUUACACUAGGGUUCAUGAGGAAUAAAUGGCAAAAUCUCUGCAGAAAAGAUACAAGUGCUGUGUUUUUCCUUUAUUGUGUCAGAACAACAUAAAUAACUGUUAAAAAUAUUUGAUAAGAAUGUGAAGAUUCACCUAUGGCAUUAUUCUUUUUGAUUGCUUAAGCACUUGUAACUGUUUGAUAUACGCUUUUUGAGAAAAACAUAAUGUCCCAAGCAGAGCUUAAAAAUGUGGCUGAGAUACAACUUGGCAAAGGGUCUCCACCUGAUAGUGAAGUAUCAUUGUCUGUUGGAGCUGGAUGCAUUGGUGCUUUCAUUAAUCUCAGUCUACUCCCUCUACGUGGAAGAUUAGUGGGAGCUGAGCUUUCAGAUCUCCCUCUUCCUCUCUGCAUACCCUCAGCCUUCAUCCAGAGAUGUGGUUUAACCUUUGGGUCACUGGAAACAGCCUCAUCCACGUGUCACAUAGUCCUCCUUUUGUGCUCUUCCUCUCUCCAUAGCACAUGUUGUGUCAAGAGGCUUCUCCCACCCUCUGCUUCCCUUAACUCAGGAAAACGCCACUGUGGGAAAUGCAGAGGUCCGCAGUUUUAAUCAUAGCGUAAUCCACACUUUGUAACGCUCCUAGUGUGCACAAUCCAGUGAGGGUCUUGCAGUCACUUUGAUUAGCUUCAGGAAAGUGAUGGGUUGCAGCAUCCCAGUCCUGGAGAUGCUUUUUAGAAUGAGAGGAGGGGCAGUGCCACAGGGACAGCUGUGUAGAAAAUGGAGAAAACUCAUAAUAGCAAAGAUUAUGUCAUCUUCUGAAUGAGAAUCAGGGAUUUGGGUUUUUGUGGCCAUCACUGAAAUUAAGUCAUGUUUCUGCUUUCGCACGUAGACAUUUCAGGACAGCAGGCAGUGAUGGAAAGGGUUGCUUUUUUCAAUUACAUUCUCUAUUUCCAUACAGCCCCUAGUUUAUCAACUGCAUAUAAAUUCCUCCUUUCACUGAUUAAAUAUUUUCUCGCUUGGUUUCUUAGCUUCAGGGAGCUUGAGAGCUCGUUGUUUAUAAAGGGAAAGAAGAAGUAUUGUGCUGUUAAGCAGACAACUCCCAACACAUAUGUUCUGCUCUGCAUCUUUGAGAAGGAGGCACUGAUGCUGCUGUGACUGCAGAAGGGCAGAGCUUUCACUGAGAUUCAGAUGUGACCAACACCCUCUUCCAGGAUUCAUAUGUUGAUGAAGCUCUGGGCUGAUUAAUUAGCUUUUUCUGAAACAAGGAGCCUUAGCCCAUAUGUGCCAGGUUGUGAAACCCUGAAUCCCACUGAGUUUUUCUCUCCCUGUGUUCCUUCUAAUCACUUGCAAGAGCAAAUUUGAUGAAGCACAUUUGGGUAAGAAAUUGUUCCCUUGGUCUGUGACAGUUGAGGAGAAAAGUCAUAAUUGUGACAUUUUUUUCCUCAGACUGAUGUCCAAAAAGAUAUUUUGACUGGGUCAGCUAUAUUAGUUCCAUAAUGUGCAUAUGGGAGGGGAGGGGGGUGUCACGUUCUAUGAUUUUACAUUGGAACUGGGGGGAGUUGGCUGCAGUGCCUGUCGUUUUGUCAUCAGAUCGAGAGACCUUCACUUCCCCUUGAGGGUACUGAAUAGUGUUAACAGGGCUUGGUAGGCAUGGGCCGAGCCCCAGCAUGUUGCAGUGAUUUAUGUCUCUCUGAAAGUGCCAGGGUGACAGCAUAUUUUUUCCAAAUAUUUUACUAGUUUUUCAGGAUUCUGCACCAAGGGGUUACAUAACACAACUCUGAGAGCAAGCACAACUACUCUGAGAGCAAAUAAAUCAACCUUGUGACCAUUUAACUAAUGUAAUAAAUGCUUGUAACAAAUUUGUUUUAACACACUCUGGUCAGAUCUGUCAUUAUCUCAACCCUUCGUGCUCUGCAUUGGGUGCCAAAAAGGUCUGUCGUGGUUUAGCCCCAGCCGGCAGCUGGGCACCGCGCGGCCGCUCGCUCACUCCCCCGCACACACAGGGGGAUGGGGGAGAGACUUGGGGGAAAAAAAAGGUAAAACUCAUGGGUUGAGAUAAAGACAGUUUAAUAGGACAGAAAAGGAAGGGGAAAUAAUAAUUAAUUAAAUAAUAAUAGAAUAAUAAUAGAAUAUACAAAAUAAGUGAUGCACAAUGCAAUUGCUCACUACCUGGUGACCAAUGCCCAGCAUUUUGGCAUUUUGAUCAAAACAAUUGAUCAAAAUCCAAUCUCAGGAAGGAAGAUAUGGACCCCAGAUGAAAUUGUUGCCAUCCCUAAAAUCUGGAAAAAGCAAUAAACUAAGUUGAACUUUCCAGUUUUUCUUUUAAGAAAUAAGCCUUGGAAGUAGUUAUUUCCAGUUAACAUCUAUAAUGUGAUAGAAGAAAUGAAUGCCCUGUAGUUGCAGGUCAUGACUUUUUCACUAAUGACCACAUUCUUCCCUCUUUCCUGUCCCAAAAGAAAGAGGCCAGAAAAUUUGUUCUGAAUUUCCAAUUCUGUAAUUAUAUAAUUUUUCCACUAUAACUGAAAUAAAAAUAAUGUAUUAAAAAGGCAGCAUUUACAUUUUUAUCUCUAUACAAUGUGCAAGAUAACCAUUUUGGAAAGUACUAGCAUAAAUGUCCACAAUUUUGAGUACUCAGUGUUCUUUUCAGAGAUGCCUAUUUACAUUAAUGUAAUUUCAAUCUGUUCUUAUGUUUUUGUAGAUCAGGAUGUGGUACGAUUCUUUGAAGACAAAUGUCUGCAUAGUUUCCAAGUGGAACAGAAAGCAAAAUUUGGUCCUGAACUUUCAUUUUUAAUUUUUUCCCCCAGGCUUGACUUCAAGAACAAGAAUAUUACUUAAUGGGUUCUUACCCAUAACAAGUCAUACUCUUGUCAUAUGAAACAGCCCAUUUUGUAGCUUUAGCUUGGUGCCCCCCAACAUAGCAGAGGAACUAUGUUCCACUGGCUGGAAGGAUUUAAAUACGUCACUAUUGUAACUGCAUGCCUCAUAAACCUUCAAAGACUAAGCAGUAAGCUUCUUGACUCUGCUAGUUCCCAUCAGAUGAAGAAAAGCUUUUACCAGUUAGCUGUAUAAUAAGGCAGAGCUAGAAAAUUGAUCAAAAAAAAAAAAAAGCUUUGGAUUUUUUCUUCUUCUCUUUCUUUUUCCUGAGUCUUUUGAGGGUUUUUUUUCUUCUCUUUGUCAUGUACAGAAAUCUUUCCCCAUAGUGUCCCUUUCUUAAUUAUAGUGUUGUGAGGGUAGGUGCAAACUAUUGGCUAAAAAAGGGAUCAGACAGGGAGGAAUCCUGGGGUCUACCCCAUCGUCUUGCAGAGUUUCCUUACAAACCAGUCACUCUGCUUAGGAUUUUCAGAGUAACAUGAAGAAUUCCAGUGCACUGAGGUUUUGCUACCAAACUGCAUUAAGCUUCUUUCUAAAAUCCCAUGUUCUUUUUGCCUACCUGUAAAAUAGGGACAGUCACACCUGAAAAGAGUUUUAUGGAUUUGCGCAGCAAAUAGUCCUUCAUUUCAAAUUUGUUUUAGUUAAAUUGCAAAAUCCUGAUUGCAGUAUGGCAAGGAUGCUUCUUUCAAAAAAUACUAGACUGAGUUAGCCAUUUUGUCUUAAUGGCAAUCCUGACAAGUAAAAUAUUUGGCUGCUGAGUUCUGUUGCUGUUCAGAUGUAAUUUUUGCAUUCUUUUAUAUUAGCAGGACACCCUAGCGUGAGUUUAUGUCUCUUAUUGUAUUUGACAAAGCACCAUAUAUUUAUUCAUCAUAUAAUUAUGGCACUGUACUCUCAAGGUAUUUACUUUACAGGAAGCUUCAUGACUUUGGAAUAAACAACCAUUCCAAGACUGAACAAAACAUGGUUGAGUUGCUGUUUCUGACCUGGUUUUAAUUAAUGACAUACUGCUUUUAAUCGUGGAAGCAUUGUGAAUGUGCAUAUGUGCGUAUGUAUUACUGCUGGCAGGGGAGGCUGGGAUUUCACUGCUUAAACGGCGGCUCUGAUACUGUUUGAGAUGCCCUGUACUAGCUGAAACAUCCAUAUAGGGUUGGCAGGCAUGCUGCAGGAGAGCCAGGAUCCUCUGGAACAACGGCAGGAAGCUGGGUGGGAUACCUGAAGCGCAAAAAUUGUAGUAGGCACCCUUGGUUAGCCACCCAGAGUCCUUUUCUGACUUAAAACCUUAGGCACAUGUUUACUUCAUAUGCCACUUCUUGAAAUUUCCGAUAAAUCUGGACCAUUCGAAAUGAAGGACUGUGCCAAAUACAUUUUUUUGGUAUUUUCAUCUAUGAGACCAUCUCAGAAGCAGAUUAAAUGUAACUCAUUCUCAGAGUCAUCCCACCGCUGGAACGUGGAAGAACAUUAGUCCUCUGCACUUUGUGUGUCUUUGUUUAGAGCACAGUGGGAACAAAAACCAGCACCUGCCUGACCCUGACCCUGACCUGCCAAAAUCAAUGAUGAACAGAGUUCCUUCCCACUUAAGAUGAGCACUUGAAAACCUGACUGAAUGAAACAAAAUCUGGGUAUUUGCUUUAGUCUGCUCGGUCUGAUAAAAUAUUUCGGAGUGUGUUUCAUUGGCAGUGCCUGCUCAGACCAUACUGCUUUUGAUAGAUCUUAAUGGAGAGCUGAUAUUUUAUUAUGAUCUUCAGGACACUGCUGAUUCUACUGCAAAUCUGAAACAAUUGUUUUAAAACUCAUAAUCCACUUCCCAGUAAUGUGGUUAGGGGCAUUUCUGGUGCACUGCAGACCAAAGCACCUACUUGAUCUUUCUGCAAGACAUUAAAUGUCCUGGUAGCCAUCCACCUAAUCAUUUCUGCAUUUGGCAGGGUUGUGGGGUUUUUUUAGGAAAAUGACAUGUGAAACGUGGAUUAAUACAGGUGUGCAGACUUCUCUGAGUUUUUUUCAGAAUUGCUGUCAAAGGUUCUGGGUAAGUUUUUGUUUGUGAGAAGUAAGGAUACACAAACUGCAUAUAUUAAUCUCAGGAUUGUAUUUUUUGCUUUCUCAUUCCAGAGUGGUAUUGAUAUAAUGAUGGCAAAAGGUACCAUCCCUCCAGGAUGAGGAGUUUAACUGCAGCAAGAUGAAAAAUAAAAAACCCUGUAUAUUCCUUCUCAUUUAUUUUUAGUUGUUAGGUUAAAAACAUGUAGAGAAAGUUAAUGUCUCCACUUCAGAGAAGUUCCUGAGCUGUGGAAAUGUAAAAUGUGUUUAUUUAUAUUUAACACAGGGUCAGUGGCAUGCUGGGGAGAGCUAUCAGAGGAAAAAAUUAUAUUUUCAGAAAUUAUUAUGGUGUUUUUCAUUAAGAAGAAUAUCCUUUCCCACUCACCUUCCCCUGGCCAAGUAAUGAGGUUUGGCAAAAUGUGUUUUGGCUCAUGAGCUUUGAUUUUCUGUCUGAUAUUUGGAGAGUUUUUAUGGGAAAUCAUACAUUUCACAAAUGAAUUUGAUCAAGAGGGAAAUCUCAUUGUUCAUACAAGGACAGUAAGGGAAGGGGAGCACAAAAAUGGGGGGGGGGGGCUAUUAAUUUUGACAAAACCUGGCUAAAAAUGCUGAUGCAAAUAAGAAACUCUCCUUAUACUGGGCAGCGAGCAAAGUAUUGCAGUCUGCUGUUUUCCUAGCAGAAGAGAAAAACUCUGCUUCCUCCUCCCCACUUCACCGCUAUACAGGCAUCAUUGAUCAGGAUAAAUUCUUAAUAACAAAGUGAGCAGAAGGGUGGGCAAUGGCAGGCAAAGACUGCUUCCGCUGAUAGAUGAGCCCUUUUGGAGAGAAAAACAGCAGCCGUGGGCUGAGCAGCAGCUGUCUGCCCGAUCCAGGCACCAGCCUCUCAUUAAUUUCAGUUAUUUAAUGAACAAAAUCACCCAAAGUAAAUGAACACCUUUCUCACAUAAUCAGCGGGGAGAUGUAAAAGCCUUUGAAGACCUCCAGGGAGAUCUGAUUCACCUGACUUGGAAUUUUGCAUUUCAGCAUACAAAAUGUGGUUCAAAAGUUCCUUUUUACCUCCAUUGAUGCUAUAGGGACCGUACUCAUUUAUUUGGAGAACACAGCACAUUAUGGGCUGGUGCUGCUUAGGUAUGAGCUGGUUCCCCUGUCCUAGAACAUCUCAGCUGGACAACCACCUGAAAAAGCAGCGUGUGUUACAAAAUUGAGACCAUCUGAGGAGUACACAUAGGUGGUUCCUUACCUGUUUCUGAUUCUGACUUCUGGGGUAAAAGGCAUAGGUACCUCAUUGCUGGUCCCACCAGCCUUCUGAAAGCUGGGGAGCAGGCUUGCAAUCCAGUUGGAGCAUUGUUCACUGCAGGGAACCUGAUGCUUAGUCUUAAAUGUGCCCUAAAGUGCAUUACAGGAGGGAGAAGAGUGGCACAUUGGAAUAAUUUCUAAUCAACACAACUUGGAUUGUUUCUCCUGAAAACCCAUCAUCAUUUAUGUAUGUGAGAUGACUUAAAAUAACCUGCACUUCUCAUCCAUUUCCCUUUUCCAACUCCUCGCAAAUUUAAUUCUCAUUAAUUUAAUGGCUCCAUGAUUUAUCAUUACUCUUUCUGGUAUCUUGUUUAGCAUAUGCAUAAGCAUUAGACUGAGCUUAAUAACAGUGUGCUUUCUAAUCUAAAAUUGUGCAUUGUGGACUGAUGACUGAUGGUCUGAAUAACCAACAACUUGUCCUGUCUCCAUUCCUCUGGUUUUCCUGAAAAUUAAUUUUGUUAGCCCAAAGUUUCUGAUCUCUCUACAGAUUAAUUUUCCAAAUGAGCCUUCCUGUAACUCUUUACAGUAGUAUGUCUCCUUGUAGGAGAAUGUCACCUUAAUUAUGAUGACUGCAGUAAUUCCACAGUCUGUCAUCUGUAUCCAGACCUCUAAACACAAUUUCUAAAGUGACAGCCUCCCUGCAGACAUCCCUGUUCAGUGCUCUGAAGUGCCAUGGCUCUUAGGAUGAGACAAGAAGCCAUAAUUUUUAAGUCUUGGUAUCUAGACUUGUGGAUUUAAGCAUAUUUGUUCCACUGAAAGGGAAAAGUCUUUCUAAUGAGAAGUGAUCUGAUUUUCCAAAGUGACAAGCACCUUUUCUGGCAGCAGUAGGGAAGGCAGAAAUGCCUCAUUUUCAUUUAGGCUCUUACAUGAGAGUUGUCAAGAGCCUAAUUCUCCCUGAAUGUUAAUAGGAAGUUGAUGCUUUGAAAGUCAACCCUCUGGAUUAAAUAAUUGGGACCACAGGCUAUAGAAUGAAAAGACUAACAUGAAUUUUAAAGUGGCAGCUCUGUGUAAAAGAGGAAGUGGAGCCUCGAUUCUCUGGUGAUCUCUGUUUUCCGUGGUCACUGUGGCAUUGACAAGAUCAAAGUUAAAACAAAUUACCACUGUUCUGACUUGACAAAUGAUAUAUUCACUUGCUCUUGAUAUAAAUGUCUGUAAUGUCAUGCUAAUGAAAGAGGAGCAGGAAAAAGUCCUUAUAGGGCUUGUCUACACACGUAUACACACACAUCGUACAACUUUCACUACUACUGUAAGAAUACAGUUAUAUAGCACCUCUCUGUCGCCAUGAGUAUAUGUAUUUUGCUACCAGCUAAUGGCUGUAGUUCUGUCAUUCUGAGAUGUGUGUUGUGUUUCAGUUAAAAAAAAAUAAAUCACAUUUUCUCCUAAUUACACCAAUAAAUA